AUGGGCGGCGGCGGAGACAGCUGCGACGCUGGCGACUGCUGGGUGCCGCGCCCCGCGUGCCCCGCGGAUGUUACUCUCGUCCUGGUUGGGAAGGUGGGCUCCGGUAAGAGCGCUACCGCGAACAGCAUACUCGGGCGGAAGGCGUUUGCCUCGGAGUACUCCUACGGCAGCGUCACGGAGACUUGCCAGAUGGAAAGCACGAUGAUCCGUGAUGGAUGUGCGACCCGCACCGUAAAUGUCAUCGACACGCCCGGAUUAUUUAACAUGGAGAGGAAAAUUGAAGACUCUCGUGAAGAUAUCAUAAAGUGCAUGGACAUGGCUAGAGAUGGGAUGCAUGCAAUUCUUAUGGUAGUUUCAGCUACAUCUCGGUUUUCUCGUGAAGAUGAGAAAACAAUCAAGGCAAUUAAAAUGUUUUUUGGUGACACAAUCAUUGACCACUUGAUAUUAGUGUUCACAAAUGGAGACAGAAUAGGGGUGGACAAUUGGAUGAAAAUGCUUACUGAUGAUAAUUGUCCAAAGUAUCUCCAGGAUGUGCUCAAGCAAUGCAAAAAUAGGGCCAUACUAUUUGACAAUGUGACCAAUAACCAGCAGAAAUGUGAUGCACAGCUUAAGAAACUCCUUGAUAUGGUGGACUCUGUUGUUUCAAGCAAGUGUGGGAAAGCAUUUUCAAACCUGAUGUUUGCUCACAUUAAGGUACAUGAGCUAGAAAAAAUACAUCCUCUUUGGACUUUUCUUGGAACCUUCCGGGAGCUUGUGACAGUAAACAGUGUUUGUGCAAGUUGUCAGAAAGAUAGUGAAGCAAGGAUAUCAAACAUGGUAGAUCAAGAGAAAUGA